UAAAACUUAUACUCCUGCGCUCUCUCUCUAUUUCUUUCUCUCAAUCGCGCGCACGCACGCACUCUUUCCUCUUGUACUCCUCCUCUUCUGUGCGCUGUCGUGUGAAGAUUAUCCCACUGCUCCCAUAAGCCCUAUAUAUUACUAGCGCAACAAGCUUUACCUUCAAUGAAAGCGGAGGAGAGGCGCGACUGGUUGCGUAAAGCAUCGCUCCGACCCAAAACCCGAGAAACAAGUUUAACCUAAAGGACUACAUCGGUACAGAUUAACACGGAACAUUUAUCCCCUUAAUAUCUGCUGCAUCAAUCUUUGGAAACUCUUUUGGAAAUUUUGGACUACUGUCACGUGGUUUAAUUGCCUCAUUUUUGGGGGGUACAGCGUCCAGGUGAUGCUAUUCCUCUCAAGAGGCAAGCGUUUAGGAGCGCAAGCAACUCACCUAGAUCAACCUAAACAGUCCCGCAACUCAAGCAUGGAUCGCUGUCAACGACUGUUUGUCCUCCUGUUGGGAUGGAGUUAUUUUUGCUGUGGACACUGUGCUGUGCUUAAGACAUCCUUCGUGGGCUUCUCAAAAGACGCAGAAUUUGGGCAUAAAGUGGAGGACAAACAGCAUGUGAAGAAAACGGAGCAGGACACGCUUUCAGAGCACAUGCAGAUGCUGUACGCCAAAUACAACAGUGCGGGAUUCCCUCUGAAAGAUGGCAACACUGUACGCAGCUUUAAAGCGCAUUCAGGCACAAUCAACAACAAGCAGCUACAAAUCUUUAACCUCACUUCCCUCACCAAAUCCGAGGACGUUCUCUCAGCAACACUACACUACUACAUUGGUGACCUGCAGAACAGCAGCCACAGAUGCACAAAGUCUAAGAGCUGUGCUCACCAUAAUCUCAGGCGACAAGGUCACAUUCACCUCGGUGUCUGGACUUUCAGCAUUGUGGAUAACACCACCAGAACGAUCGGCCAUUUUUCCAUUAACAUUUCCACAAUGCACCGGGACUUUAUAUCAUGGCAGUGGAAAGACGUAACUCGUGUAGUCAACCAAGCCAAACAUCACGACCAGCUUCUUAUAGGCAUCGACAUUGACUCCAGAGGACGCCAACCACUGAAGAAACUCUUGUCGGAUAGGUCUCCCUACAUUCUGGUCUACGCCAACGACUCUGCUAUCUCCGAACCCGAGAGCGUCGUGUCCACCCUACAGAGACACAAACGCAGAUUUGUGCCUAACCUUCAUUUGCUUGAAGCUCAUAACCGCAGCACCUCCUCACAACAUCGGACCAGGCGGUCCGCCAACAUCCUACUGCCGCUGCAGAACAACGAGCUUCCAGGUCCUGAGUACCCUUAUGAGGUACCUACCUGGGAUGAAACCAGCCCGUUUGAUCCGGUGGAGAGCAAGCCAGUCAAGCGCCCUCGUAAGAAGCCUCGCAAGAACCCAAGGCACAAGAAUCCACUGCUGCAGUUUGAUGAGCAGACCAUAAAGAAAGCCCGCAAGAAGCAGUGGAAUGAACCAAAAAACUGUGCUCGAAGAUAUUUAAAGGUCGAUUUCGCAGAUAUUGGCUGGAGCGAGUGGAUUAUCUCCCCCAAGUCUUUUGAUGCAUACUACUGCUCGGGGUCCUGUCAGUUCCCAAUGGCAAAGUCUUUGAAACCUUCAAACCAUGCAACCAUUCAGAGCAUCGUGCGAGCAGUGGGCGUGGUCCCCGGCAUCCCAGAGCCCUGCUGUGUGCCAGAGAAGAUGUCUCCCCUCAGCAUCCUCUUCUUUGAUGAAGACAAGAACGUGGUCCUCAAGGUCUACCCCAACAUGACAGUGGACUCGUGUGCCUGUCGGUAAACUAUUUGGUUUUGUCCACCAGCUCAACCAGCUAAGCUCAUUUCUAAUUUUUGCACUGGAAGAAAGCCUACAUGCCAGUAGCGGACUGAAGAUAUUCGUAUCGCAAACCUUGAAGAACUCUCUUUAGCUUUAAGGUUGUGCAGACCGAUGUGCUUUCCCAGAAGGAAUUUGUUACUCUUAGCAUGAUCAACUGCGAUUCAUGAACCUACAAAGAGACUUUCGAUGUUUGACUCUCAAGGUUCCUGUAUUUCGGAUCAGGUACCCAUGGGACAAACAUUUGUUGAUUGAUCAUGAAUCCGAUUCUGUACAGUUUGUAUAAUCUCACAAUAUUAUAGCUAUAUUUUUGCUACAGGGGCAUUGAUUGACUCUCAGUGUCUGUAUUCUAUGGCUGCUAUACAGAGGUAUACUUUACUGCAGAGCACAAAUGUGGUCAAAGUGGACUUGGAAAGUAAGAAAAAGAACUGUUACCUUUGUAAAAAAAAUAAACUCUGACUAUUUUAAAAUUAUUAUGUUACAUAAAAUGCAUACUGUCCACAUUACACUUAAAACAGUGUUUAAUAUCUUGGUGUUGUGAUUGUGAAUGUCUAUAUACAAUCUUCAUAAAUAAGAAAAUAUUUAUUUUCUUUAAAAGAUGCGCAAAUUGUACAAGCUCAUAUUUUUACAUCUUAUUUUAUACACAUUAUGGAUUUUUUUCCAGAUAUCUUGCAUUUGUAAAUACAUUUAAUAUAUAUGAUACAGAUACUUCUGUCUGAAGGUUGCAUCCUUACAGCUCAAUUGAAUUUAUGGUAUUGCCAUUGUUGCAAGUAGAGACAAUCUGUCAAUUAUUCACGUCAUGUUUCAACCACUAUUUCAACCAGGUUUCAGAUUUUAAGAUUUUGAUAUGUUCUGCAGAUCGGAAAAACAAUCAUGUUUCAAAUACUAACAAAAUUUUUUACAGUAUGUAAGUAUGAAGAUUAUUUAGCCUUUGUCUUACUAAGCAAUUUCUAAAAAAGUUUUUGAUAAAAAUAUUCAGUAAAAACCACACUGAAAAGGUAAAUGAACAUUUUAUCAGAGUAUUCAGAUUGCAUACGUGUAACUUAAAUGAAAAAGCAGUGUCAUGUUUACUUAUUUGGGCAAAAACAAUCUUUACUGCAUUGAUUUAUUUGGAUAUAAAUGUGAGUUUUCGUCUUUCUAAUAUAUUAUGAACGUAUUUGUAAUGUUUUUCUAAAAUGACAUAUCAUUCAGCUGCAUGUUCAAAAAAUUGUGGUGUUCCUGUUGAAUUUCUAUUCAACCUUUGGACAAUAGAGAAAUGUAAUAAACAUUAAAAAAGUGACUUAAUAUAUAACACAUCAUGAAUCCCAAAGACAUCCAGUAUGUAAAGCACUCCUUAAGCAUUUGUGUUAUAUAUAUUUUUGGACAGCUUUUAACACACUGUGUGUUUUGUAAAUGUUCUUCUGUAGGUGAAAGGAUGUGCUUGUACAAUAAGCUUCAUAAGAAAUUAUAUUUGUAUAUGGAAAUGACCUUUAAAAGCAUUUAUUUAUUUUCUGUAUGUUUCAUUCUGUACCUUGUUAUUUUUGUGAAGCAAGCAGGGGCUUCAUUCAAUUUACAUUCAGAGCUUUGCUGCACAAAGGUUAGACAGCCGUGCACAAGAUAUCGAUUGUGAGUCAAAUUAGUGAGAACGCUUGUAACCCAUCUCACUUACUAAAGGGCUCCAUUUUGACAGACCAAGGAAAACUCAAUAAAGUUGUAUAAUUGUAA